AAGCGGCCGAGAUGAAGUGUCUGUUAGUCGCGUUAGUCUUAAUCGCAGUUGAUGGUGCCGCAUCAACGCAAGUCGAUAUCAAACCGAAAAAUGGGGAAGCAGUAUCGAAAUUAGCUAUUUUGAGUUCCUCGCCGGUGGUGUACGGUUACGUAAGUCGCAUUAAGCACAAUAUCAUCACUAAUUGCAAAGAGAAUGGACGCGACAUCGCAAAGGAUUUGGAGAAAUCUUACGAAGAUUUAGUUAAUUGCAUAAAUACGACAACUCUCUACACCAACAAGAAGCUGGAAUACAUACAGAAUUUAGAGGAGUGCAGUAAAACGGCUAUACAAAAGGCGAAAAGUUGCUUGAAAAAGGAACACUCUUAUUAUCCCGAUAUUUUGUUGAAAAUCGUUAAAUCUCAGAUCAGUUUUGUUUGCGACAAUUACGAAACUAUUCAAAACCAUCUGAUUCCUUGCAUAAAGACCUAUGAAAAGCAAGAAGUUCGUACUCGCCUCUUGAAUUGCUUUACCGAUGUAAAUCGGACGGUUAAAGAUGCUUCUUUAAUUCCUCCUUCUAUAGAAGUCUUCUGUCAGAAAUAUGUACCAUCACAUAAUUGCUUCAUUGAUAUCCUGGAAAACGAGUGUAAGCAAUUUCCCAAGCUCAAGCAAUUUGGAGAAAAUUACAAUAUCGCGAUGAGUUACCCUUGCUCCAAAAACGGAUCGAAAUCCAUUUAUAAUAUGUAAAAAUUUCCACAAUAAAUUGUCAUAUGAUAAAUUAUUAUUAAGUUUUAUUGUGCACAAGAAUUUAAUCA